UUCUUGUCACUGCUGUCACUGUUAUUUUCCGAACGAAAACACUUGUGUAACUUGGGAUACGAGAAUUUAGAAUAAUGUGGUACGAAAUUCUUCCGAGUUUUUUCAUUAUAACUGCUGCUGUUGGUCUACCGGGCUGGGGUCUUUAUCAUAUACAUAAUCUGACUUUAGGCAAUCAUUAUAGACGCUCGCUUACUGAUAGAUGGAGUCGUGCGUUGUACCAGAGGGAUAUGAGGCUUACUGGUAAUCCUUAUGAAGUGAAUGGCUUGGAAGCUAUCCCGGAUAAUUGAAGUAGUAAAAUAUUAUCUAGUUAGUAUUUAAUAAAUGUGUUAAAUAUA